GGUGGGGGGUGGGAUGACUCACAGUGUUAUGAUGCAGUUCCACAACACACAGCCACAUUUACCCACGGGCCGAGGUGCAGAACGAGAGGCAACCUCUGGCCCCCAGCAGCUGUCCAGCCUGCAGUCCCAGUCCUCAAACCCCCAAUUGCCCGCCCUCCCUCAAUUCCAUCCCCUUCCCAGCUGAAGGAGCGGAAAGAGAAGAGAGAAGAGAGGCUUGAGAGAGAUAGACGGAGAUCUCUGGAGCAGACCUCAAGGUGAUUUCCAUUUCUAUCUGGUUCUCGUCUGGGGGGGCCCUGGCCGGGCAGCCCCCCCACACUUCUACUGCCCUGAAACACGGCUCUAGCCAAUCUGCUCCGCUGCUUUACCUGCGACCGUCUCUGCGGGGGCUGCACGGCACCAGCCCCUCCAGCCCGCCAGGGCAUCGUCCUCCAGCCCGUCAUGCCCAGCUGUGACCCAGGCCCGGCCCCUGCCUGCCUCCGCACCAAGACCUUCCGCAGCUACCUGCCCCGCUGCCACCGCACGUACAGUUGUGUCCAUUGUCGAGCACACUUGGCCAAACACGAUGAGCUUAUUUCCAAGUCCUUCCAAGGGAGCCAUGGCCGGGCCUACCUGUUUAAUUCCGUGGUCAACGUGGGUUGUGGGCCAGCUGAACAGCGCCUCCUGCUCACAGGACUCCACUCGGUAGCUGACAUUUUCUGUGAAAGCUGCAAGACCACACUGGGCUGGAAAUAUGAACAAGCUUUUGAGACCAGCCAGAAAUACAAGGAAGGGAAGUACAUCAUUGAGAUGUCACACAUGGUGAAAGACAACGGCUGGGACUGAGGGGCUCAGCAGGCCCCCCUCCGCAUGCCCCAUCUUCCUCACACCAGUCCCCCCCAGCCCUGUGAGCAGUCCACACCAGCAUGAGGACUGCCCACCCCUGGGGAAACCUGGCUCCAAAUGACCGCCGCCUCCCUUCCCCCACCACGGCACUACCAGGUCCCUUUGACACAGGAGCCUGCAAUCCCCCCAGGGGUGGUUAAGGCUCAGGAGUGGGUAGCAGUCAGGGAAACACGAGACUGGGGAGAGAAGCUGAGUGUGGCGCUGGAAAGUGACGGCAGGGUGCGAACUCAGGUAGCUACCAAACUUUUGAGUGAACAGGACAAACACUGGUAUGGGGCUAGACCACAGAAUAGCAAAGACUUAGGUUGGUCUCAGAUAUCAGGGCCCCAGAGUCUGAGGGUAGUUUACCCAACCCCAUUCUUGGUUUAAAAAAAAAAAGGACUAGGGAUGGGGCCAAUAGAAGUAAAAACAAACCCCUAGCCCCUGGGAAAUCAGUUACAGGGGUUCCCAUUUCACUCCACUGUUUACCUUGGCACUAAAGAAGCACUUUUAAGUAUCUAAUCUUUGCCAUUGGGUGGGGUGGGGAGAGCUGUUCUAAGAACAGCCCCCACUCCCAGCUGGCUGUUGCCAGAGAGCAGUCUUUACGGGCAUUCCCCAAGGCUCAGCCACUGCUCCCUGGGACUAAGUCCCUUGGAGGUGGUGGAUCACCGGCGCUGCGGGACCAGUCUUUCCAGUGACUGCCACCAGCGAAUGAAACUUUUGUAUGAUACAUAAAGUGUUUGGGUCUAUUUUUAAUAAAAAGGGGAAAAGCAACGGCGG